AUGUGGGAAGGGGCUAUUGAUAUCCUUGAUAGCGAGAAUACAGGGGACCAACAGCUUCUUGUCAGAGACCUCGUGGAUGACGAUCUUGAUGGAAAUGGGUUCAUCCUGGCAACUAUUGACACAUCUGGCCGAUAUUCGACUCACAGUAUUCCCGCUUACGUUGAGCCGUUUCUCAAAGUCAUCACCCAUCCUUCCAUCUUGGAUUGCCUCUCUGUUGAUUCAUUUGUUGGCACGAUGUACGCAACCUUCGGCGGCCCGAAUGGAGAUCGGGCAAUCGGAUUCUUGGAGAGCGUUUGUCGCUGCAUAGUAAACAGUGAUAAACAGAAUGACAAUGAUCAAACCCUCGUCACUCCAGAUAUGGUGAAAUUGCUGUUGAAUGCUCUGUAUCAGCUUCUGUACAGGGUCCGACGGGCACGCUUCCACGAUGAUCUUCCUUCACUUCUCGGCUCACUCCACGAAUUAGUCCAAAAGAUAGCCAAAGUAUGCCCCAAUGCCGACGUUGAGGCGCUUGACAACAGAACAGAAAUUAUGCGAAAUGUGGUCGCAAGCGCACACCGUAGUCUUGUUCAACCCAGAGUCCCGGAAGAGAACGGCCAGGACGCUGAGACCGGGCUAGCUCAGUCGAAAUUUCCAAUGGACAUCGAAAUUCCUGGCGGCAGACAUGACAACGAUCUUGCAGAAAUCUCGCAGAUUCAGAUUCUUCCGACACAAGGAGAAAUUGUCAGUGACAGCUCAGAGUAUCUACCAUCCACCAACUUUUCCCAGCCGCACUUCAUCGCGGAUCCUAUGCUAAGAUAUAUUGACUCCACAUUCCGGCUUCUGCGCCAUGACAUCUUGGGUUCUGUCAAAGACGUGCUGCGAGACCUACUGCAACAAGAUGGCCCCAAUCCCUACCUAUCGAACAAGGAUAGUAGGGCGCAUAUCUACAUAGCAUCGCAUAUUCAGCAUAUUUUCGUCAAUCGAAGAAAUGAGCUUGAAGCGACAGUAUCCUUUUCUACCCCGCCACAACUGCGCAAAAAGCCUCUUACAGAGCAGUGCAGCUUAGUGUGCUUCUUGACUUCUGAAAGCACCCGCAAAAGGCUGCUUUUUCUCGAAGUAACAUCCAAGUGUUCCUCCCAGGACCAAACAGACAAAGCUAAAAGCACACUUGUCUCCAAUCGGUACCCGCCUAGUAUUACAGUGAAGCUCGCGACAUGCUUGCUACAAGAACUGAAUCUCCUCGGCCAAAUUUACAGCGCGAAAAUUCCAGGUACUCUCGUUGACUUCCAUAGCCUCAUUCCUACAACAUUUGCCCCAAUCCUAAGAAAUCUACAGCGCCGGAACGGGGAGGACAAGAGGAUCAAUAUACCUCCACCGGCGUACGCCCGAAAACUAGGAUUUGUCUUUUCCUUUAUUUCGAUCACAAAACACCGAGCUCAAGAUACUAAGCUGGAUCCCAAUUCCCCGGAGUCUCUUAACAUCAAAGAGCUAGGAGCUUUGACUGGUCUCGACCUUGGCCAGUGCCAUAGACUUAUCAUACGAAUUGGCGGCCGUAGUCAGGCCACUGAGCUUGAAGGCAAGAACCUUCGCGUUAUUAGCAAAAACAUCAGUAAGAUAAGAGUAGAGUCGCAAACCCUCGGCCAAGCCUACAGCGAGCUCGAGGAAACCAUGAAAAUAGCCGGGUUUUCCACAAAACCUCUAUAUCAGUCUCGAAAUAGCGCAACGUGGAAAGGCAUACAGCACUUUUUGCGUCUUAAGUGGCCUAUAAUAUACGCGUAG